CGCAGCAGUGUAUGUAAUAGGUAACGGUAAAGGUAAAACAGGUAGGUGCUUGAACAAACGAAACAGGUUUCUUUUGGUUUGGAUCUAUCGUUUCUUUGACUUGGUCUGUCCACGAAGUUGAACAAAGAACGCCCUCACACUACCACCAGACCAGACCACACCCAAGACCAAAACCACACAGCACGUACGGCUAACCCCCCUUCUGAUCAACAAGCGAUUUUGUUGGCAGAACAAGUCGGAUCUGACGAGAGCAAUAUCAGAAACAACAGCAACAGCCACAACAACAACAGUAGCAGCAGCAGCAGCGUCUACAACCCCAAACCAAUAUACGUGUUGCAAGUGCAAGUCCUUCUUUCAGAAUGCCCCUCCGCCGCCGAAACGAACCUGCACCCACCUCCUCAUCUUCCACCACAACCACAGCCUCCUCCACAAUCCCCCAACCACCACCCUACCAGCCCCCAACCAUCUCCAACCCCAAGUCCGACCAAUUGACCCUCUACGCAACCUCACACGCCGCCCUCCUCGGCCUCCUGACCAGCCAACCCCUCCGGAACCUGAAGACGCAUCUCCAGCAUGCGCAGGAAAAGUUGACCGAGGCGGCCGGGGAUAUCAACGAGCGGCUGACGGACGCAGAGGAGCGGAUGCGCCGGAAGAAGGAGCGGAACGCUGAGGAAGGAAAGGAUGAUGAUAAUGAUGAGGAGGAGGUGGCCGCGCUCAAAGAAAAAGUGAAAGCUACAACUGCCAAAUUGGAUCAGAAGAUGCGGGGUGCGAUUGAUGCGGAGGUUAAACUGGAGGGGCUGAGUGAGAUGCUACGGGGCUUGGACGGCAAUGUGAAUGUGGUGGAUGGCGCGGUGGUUACUAGGAGUCGAUCGACGAGAACUAGUCGGCGAAGUAGGAGGGAUGAAGAUGGGGAUGAGGAAAUGGAGGAUGCUGAUGCUCGUGACGAUGAGGAGGAGGGCCAGGAAGGCGAUAACGACGAAGAGAAUCCCGGACCGACAUUGGUGGGCAAGAUAGAGGAGAGUGUCACCGCGACGAAGGACAAGUGGAGUGGGUUGUCGCUCACCCAGAAAUACUCCACCAACAACGCCUAUAUCGGAUUCUAUCGCAUCAUCCACGAAGCCAAACACCCGGGUGAUGAUAUUCCCCCACUCCCGCAUGCCUCGACCUGGUUCGCCCACCUCGAAGAUGUAGCCGACAAGAAACACACAACUUCGGCUACCAGCAGCAGGGGCGCCGCGACAAGCGCAGUAUCAGGAAUGUCGACUACCUCUCGCCACGCCGAAAAUCCUUCCGCUGAGGAUGUCGAUGACGAAAGUGCUUCAGACGAAGACAUCGCUAUUUCCCGUGAACGCAUUUCUCUCAAGUGCCCGCUUACUCUCCUCCCCUUCCAGGAUCCGGUCACCAGCACCAAAUGCCCGCAUAGCUUCGAGCGCGAGGCUAUCACCGCGAUGAUUGCGCAGAGCCGCACCACCGCCCCGGACCCGAGACACGCUUCGUCCAGUGGACACGCGGGCCGACGUGCGCGCCGCGUGCACUGUGUCAAAUGUCCGGUGUGCGAGGUGGUUUUGACCGAGUUUGAUCUGCGAAGUGAUCCCGUUCUUCUGCGCCGGUUGAAGAGAGCCGAGGCUGCCCAAAGGCGCGAGCAGGAAGAACUCGAGGAGGAAGAGUAUGAUCAAGGAGGUGUUGGUGGGCGGAGGAAGAGAAGUAGGAAAAGCGGGAUCACGCUUGCUAGUGAUGAUGAGGAUGGCUACACAGCUACCUCAAGAAGAGUGGCGUCUCAAGAAGACCGGAUCAGAAUCAAACAGGAACGCGGUGUCUCCGUCGCUGCUGUUGUGGACCUGGAGGCAGGUGAAAAUGUGGGAAAUGAAGAUGAGGAGGACGAAGAAUUCGAGGACGAAGGACAUUGGCAGGCAGGAGAUGAGGAUGAUGGGGAGGAGGACGAGGAUGAGAACCAGGAGGCGAGGUAGAUGAAGAUCAAGAGAUGGAAGAGAAAAGCGAAGAGGAGGAAGCUGGUGAGGGAAGUCAGGAGAUGAGGCAGCUGAAUUUCAGGAGCAGGAAAGCAAAGAGGAUGAGAUGGAGGUUGAAGAAGAGGUAAAGGAGCAUGAGACAAAGGAAACCCAAGGACAUGAGGGGGAAGUGGAUGAAGAAGAUGAAGAGGAGCUAGGGCAAGAGAAUCAGGAACCACAGGAAACACAUGGAGAAGAAAGGCAGGAGGAUGCGGUGGAUAUGGAUGAGGCAAUGCAAUAUGUCGAUGCUGAAUCAGCUGAACAACAAGACCAUCAGGAUGUCCAUCAAGAAGAGAGAAAAAUAG